AAUUUUAUUUUAUUAAUAUAAUACAAGCAUGCAAAUUGCGACCAAACAAUUUAGACGUGUAGAGGGGUUGAUUCGAUUCGUAUUCCUUUCGUCAAUGGAAGAAAUGUCUGCACUUUGAUCGCAAAUCUAUCGUAUUUUCAUUUUCUCUCUCUCUCUCUCUCUCUCUCUCUCUCUCUCUCUCUCUCUCUCUCUCUGCUGUUUAGGUGACGGCGUGAUUGCCGGAAACCAGCCGGCGAUCGUUUCACAAGGUUCUCCAAUUUAGCUUUUUAAAUUUCUCGGGUUUUGGCUUGUCUGAGAUGGCUGCUGGAAGUAGCAGCCAACAGAAUUUCAGAAAAGCUAUUGGAGUUAUUAAAGACUCUACAUCAGUUGGAAUAGCGAAAGUCAACAGUGAAUAUAAGGAGCUCAAUGUUUCCAUUCUUAAAGCCACAAACCAUGUUGAAGUCUUGCCGAAAGAGAAGCAUGUAAGAAUUAUUCUUGGUGCAGUUUCUGGUUCAAGACCUCGAGCAGAUGUUUCUUAUUGCAUACAUACACUCACUAGGCGUCUUGCAAAAACACGUACAUGGGUGGUUGCACUGAAAACUUUGAUUGUUAUACAUCGUGCAUUGAGGGAAGUUGAUCAUUCAUUUUGUGAGGAACUAAUUUACCAUAACAAAAGCAGAGGUCAUUUAUUGAAUUUAUUGCAUUUCAAGGAUGAAUCAAGCCCAAGUGCCUGGGAUUAUUCCACUUGGAUUCGUGCAUAUGCUCUGUAUAUUGAGGAGUGCCUAGAAUGUUUCCGUGUGCUAAAAUACGAUUUCCACAGAGAUCACUCGAGAACGAAGAAGUUUGAUACUCCUGCUUUGCUCGAACACUUGCCCGCUUUGCAACAACUUCUUUUCCGUCUCCUUGGUUGCGAGCCAGCUGGUGCAGCCCGAUACAAUUUCAUGAUUCAGUAUGCCCUUUCAAUUGUUGCAGCAGAAAGUGUGAGGCUUUAUGUAGCAAUAACGGAUGGAGUGCUGAUUUUGGUUGACAAGUUUUUCGAGAUGCAACGCCGAGAUGCAGUGAGAACACUUGAAAUAUAUCGAAAGUCAAGCGAACAAGCCCAGAGGUUAUCUGAGUUCUUCGAGAUAUGCAGGGCUCUCGACUUUGGACGGAGACAGAAGUAUGUCAAAAUUGAACAGCCCCCUGCAUCAUUUAUUACAGCCAUGGAAGAGUACAUAAAGGAUGCCCCACAACCGUUAAUGCUUCCGUGGACAGAUAAUGAUGAUAAGUGCAUUACUCCCAAACUGAUUGCUGUCCCUGAACAAAGUUUGGAGACGGUCUCAUCUGUUGAAUCUGAGGAGAGCGCAAAGACUGAUAAGAGUGAAACAGAUGCUGCACCGUUGAUUCCUGAUCUAUUGAGCUGGGAUGACCCAAUUCAAGAAGCACCUGAAUUGGACGAAAAUAAUUCCACCCCCCUUUCGAUUACUGCACCAGAAUCUUCAAGCGAACCAGCUAGUUGGGAGCUUGCACUAAUUACAACACUUCCGGAUGCCGCUUCAAUUGCGGUCAGCAAGGGAGGUGUUCUAGAUAGAUCAAUACUCGACAGUCUAUACGAUGCAGCACUGACGACACCAAACACAAAUGGAGCCAAUUAUCAGACUUCAAACGUCUCUUCCAAUCCUUUCGAAUCUGACAGCUACGGUCAAGAAUUGGUGUUUUACGAUCCUACCCUCGCAGCGCAACACCCAAGUUUUAUCAUGCAGGUUCCCGAUCCAACCCCCCAACAGCAAGCAAUAGCACUAUAUUCGCAGCAACAAGAUGUCCAACAAAUCCAACAGCCAAUCAUGGGUUAUGAUUACAUGCAGAUGGCCGGAAUCCCACAGCAGGAACCAGCUUUUGUAGACCAACAACAACCUCAGAUUCAACAACCUCAACUUCAACUACAAGAAUCAUCGUUUGUUGUCCCCGAUUUUAUGCAAAUGACCGAAAUGCCCCUGCCUGAAGUCUCCAUGCAGCAGCAAGAGAAACCAAUAGUCGAGCACGGUUCUAUCAGUACGCCUGGGAACCCUUUCAUCGAGGAGCCGACUGUGUCGACUGGUGCACCUCAAAGUCAACAAUCUUCCAGUUUGAACUUAAUUUGAGUGGAUUCCAGAUAGUAGGCAGUACUGAGGUAUAUUUCUUUUUAUGGUCAGUUUUCCUUAGUGUGGUAAGAUGAAGGAAUUGUUCUGGCAUUGAUUGUACAGUUAUUGAUGUGGAUCUACUUGAAUCUGACACAUUGAUUUCAAGACAUGAUAUUUAUUUUCUUGAUUCUUUCUAGCACUUAUAAAGAGAGGUUGUCCACUUGUAGAGUGUUGAUAAUUUGGUGUACCCUUUUGUCACUUUAAUAUAAACGACUCUUAUGUUUACGAUGGA